AUGACUAGUAACCGCACAGUGGAAUUGUACUUCUCAUUUGUCUCACUAUGGUCAUAUAUCGGGAGUCGCCGAUUUCACCAAUUACUCAAGCAAACCGAAUCUAAAGUCAUUUAUAAACCGAUCAACUUGCUGCAUACUUUUUCAAUUUCUGGUGGUCUUCCUGUAAAACAGCGUGCAGAGCAAAGACAGGCCUAUCGUCUGAUUGAGAUGGAACGCUGGAAGCGUAUUCGUGACAUUGAACUCGUUCUAAAUCCGAAAUAUUACCCCGCAGACCCGUCACUUGCACAUCGCGUUCUUAUCGCGGCGACCGAGGAACUGGGACACGACAACCCAUCAGUGCAGAAAUAUGUGCACGCAGGACUAGAGGCUGUUUGGGCAAGAGAACUCGAUAUUUCGAAUCCAGAAACCGUUAAUCUGCUUGCCGAUGAGGCUGGACUUGAAGGAAUUCGUCUUGUGGACAGAGCGAGGAAGGAAAGCAAGCUUGCAGAAUUCGAGGCCACCCUCACCGAAGAGGCAGGGUCGCGAAAGGUCUUUGGUGCACCUUUCUAUUUCUAUCAGAACGAACCACUGUGGGGUCAAGAUCGCCUGGAGAUGUUAGAAGAGAUUAUUCAGAGUGGGAGAAGUGCUAUUCUGGAACCCAAGUAUACAGCCUACAUUGGAAAUCAAGCUUCAAACAUAGAUAGAAGAAGACCUAGCGGGUCAAUAUGA